UCGACCUGUCAUCGUUCGAUCCGAGCGAAAAAAAAUCACAUCGAAGUUGUUUUGGAAUUUUAAGAGGCGAAAAAAGGUGCAAAAAUGGCCUCGAACACGGGAGGAGUGAAGCCGAUGCCCAUCCAGGGUCGCAUGGUUCGCGAACGCGAGCGUAUUCUCGGCAUGACGCCUGAGGAGCGCAAAUGGCGAGCGCAAUACUUGAAGGACCAAACUUUGAGUCAUAACGAGCCACGAUUAGUUCCCGAAUACUGGAAAGAGGUCCGCAAUCCCAUUCGUCGGUUCUACAGAGCUCCCCUCGAUGCUUUUGGACGAAUGUUGACGCCAGUUUUGGGAAAAUAUCCAGCAGCGUACGUUCGUUACUUUACCGGAAAAUUCCUAAUGAUUGGCGCGGGAGUUUUGGGAAUGACUUAUUACUUUAAAUAUAACGGAAAUGAUUGGACGAAGAAGGGAGGAUGGCGUGUGAUCCAGUCAAGGCCUCUUUCUACGCCAGGAACUCCAGGAUGGCCCAAAGUAUCCGAGAGAACUAAACCAUCGGAUUACGCUAAUCGCGGUUUCGCCAAUUCACCAAUCUAAAAAAAAUAUUCUUUGGAAAUCCGUGUUAGUUCUUGGAAAUGUAUAAAUAAAUAAAAAAAAAUCUUUUAAAAUGA